GCGAUCCCCCGUGUAAGAGUGAGGUGGAGGAGGACGUUCCAGAAGAUGUCACCACAGGAAAUCUCAGUAAGAAUUCUGAGGGAAACUUCAUGUUAUCACUAGAUCAUAAAGUAGAAGAUGAAGAUAUCAUGCAGCGCUCCUCAGGAGAAAACCUCAUUACCCUUAUUGUACAUCCAGGACCUCACAGUACAGAUCUAUCAUAUAAUCACUCUGAUCACGAGAAACCUUCUCCUGACCAAUCACAGAUUGUUACCACAAGUACAGGUCAGAAAGGGGGUGAAAAGUUUCACUGUGGUAAAGAGUCCACAAAAGGCUCAGUUCUUUCUAUACACAGAAGAAUUUGCACAAGAAAGAAGCCAUACUCCUGUUCAGAAUGUGGGAAGAGCUUUCGAGAAAAAUCACAUCUUAUUGUACACGAGAGACGUCACACAGGAGAGAAGCCAUAUUCAUGUUCAGAAUGUGGUAAGUGCUUCAUAGAUAAAUCAAGUCUUGUUAGACACAAAAGACGUCACAGAGGAGAGAAGCUAUAUCCAUGUUCAGAAUGUGGGAAAUGUUUUACAGAUAAAUCAAAUCGUGUUAGACAUGAGAAAGCUCACACAGGAGAGAAGCCAUAUUCAUGUUCAGAAUGUGGGAAAUGUUUUACACAGAAAUCAAAUCUUGUUAAACACCAGAGAUUUCAUACAGGAGAGAGGCUGUAUUCAUGUUCACAAUGUGGGAAAUGUUUUGCGCAAAAAUCAGAUCUUGUUAGACAUGAGAGAAGUCACACAGGAGAGAAACCGUAUUCAUGUUCAGAAUGUGGGAAAUGUUUUACAGAUAAAUCAAAUCUUGUUAAACAUCAGAGAAUGCACACAGGGGAGAAGCCAUACUUUUGUUCAGAAUGUGGGGAUUGUUUUAUUACUAAAGCCAAACUUAGUUUUCAUCAAAGAAGACACACUGGAGAGAAACCAUAUUCAUGUUCAGAUUGUGGGAAAUGUUUUAAUGAUAAAUCAAAUCUUGUUAAACAUCAGAAAUUACAUACAAGGGAGGAGCCAUAUUCAUGUUCAGAAUGUGGGAAAUGUUUUAUUGCAAAAGCCAAACUUAGUCAUCAGAGCAGUCACACAGAGGAGAAUCCAUUUUAAUGUUCUGUAUGUGAAAAAUGUUUUACAUGGAAAUAAAGAUUUAAAAAUCAUCAGAGAAUUCACACAGAGAAGAAACCAUAUUCUUAUUUGGACUGUGGGAAAUGCUAUGAAAGCAGAAAAAGAUAAAUUUAACAUAUCAGAUUAUUCACUGACAUUAACAGCCAAUAAGAGGGUUUAUUUGUGGUGGAAUUAUCCUGGAUCUACCAAAGUAUCAACCUAUAUUUCUCUGAGAUCAACUGUGACCAAGAUCCACAGAGGAAAAGUAUUGUGGAUAUAAGGAAGAGAAGAAGAGCCUUGUUUACCUCCAGAGCAGUGAAGAUGAAUUGUCCCCAUGAACCUUGCUUCUAAUCACUGUAUUCACACCUCCACCCACACUGCAGGAGAGUCCAGAGUGACAUGGGAAGAAGUAAUAACGCUCCGUGUAAUAGUUUUAUAACGUAUGUGGACAUAUUAAUGUUUUAUCUUCAUCCAAACAGUAUUUACAGAUAAAAUAAACUCUUCUUUCUCCACGACAGCGUCACCAUUGUCACUGACAGACAUUGUCUUCUUGGCUCAUAUUAUACUUUCUCCUCGCGCUGUUACCUUCAUUGCUUUAUCACUGAUUUAUCUGACCGGGUGCUCUGGGAUAAUUAACCCCAUAUGUACAUUCCUGCGGUUUAAUGUUAAACCUAUCUAGAUACUGGAGCUGAGUGAUAUAUUGGUGGUGGGAAUUACUAGUAGAAAAGAUAAUCAGAUUGUCCAAGGUAGUUGGGAUAUCAAAACCUGCCACCUCAUCCUUUAUGCGAUCAGACAGACCCUCCCAGAAGCCUGGCACUAAGGCCUCAUUUUUCCAGGACAGUUCAGAAGCCAAAGUACAAAACCUGGAGGUUGC